UGUUUGAAUGCCUUUAUGUUUUUAGUUUAUUGUUGUACGUUCGCUUAGUCGUUUUGUGUAAUCGUGAAUUGAAGAGUGUCGCGUGAAGUGCCGGUUUUUUUAUACCGUUUAAUAACAAUCGAGUUGUUUAUGUAAUUAAAUUCAUCUUUUAAAUACACCAUUGUACUUGUAGAGAACGAACGCGAGUGCCGUGGACGUGACACGUGAUUGUAACGAGAAUCUAAUAAGUGUGCAUCGGUGCGCGGUGUUAUUGUUGUUGUUAUUUUUGUUGUUUUCCAUUCGCGAAGUGAUCAAUCCGGCACGAGAUGGGUGCUAGACAGAGUAAGCGCUCGGUAGAUAUUUCGGGUACGCCGAAAAAAGGCGGCGAACUCGAAAACGGCGCUGUUACCACCAACGUCGAAGAGAAAUUGGAAAAAAUCCCCGAAGCCGAUUCAGCCGCAGCCGCCAAAGUAAACGCCAACGGAUCCACCACCACCACAUCGACCGUUACAGCCGAACAGCAGGAAACAGCGGCCGCCGACUCGACGACCACAACUGUAGCCGAAUCUGGCGAAGCGCCAUCAUCCGCCAAAACCGAAGAAUCGUCCGAGCAAGCCGCCGAAAAACCAGCUGAAGUUAGCACGACUACCAUCGAAGAAAACAAACCUGCAGAGCCCAGCAGUCCGGCCAGCCCUAGCGAAACACCAUCGACGCCCGAAGAAGGCGCUUCGUCAGAAAAGAAGAAGAAACCUAAGAAAAAAUGGUCUUUCAGAUCGUUCAGCUUUUCGAAAAAAGACAAAGUGAAGCCGGCCAGCAAAGAAGAGAAACAAGAAACCGUUCCAGAAGGCAAUGAAACCACACAGUCCGAACAGGUUAAUUCAGCAGAAGCCAAUACUGUUACACCAGUUCAAAGCGAAAAACCUCCUCCAUUGCCUACCAGUCCGCCCCCAACUCCGGCCGAUGAAACUGCUGAAAAAGAGGAAACGCCGACCAUCUCGGAGGGAGACGUCGAUGCCAGCGGCGGUGGCGAAGGUCUCGCCGAACCCAUCGAAGAAGCCGAAUUAGAAGAAUCGGCCCCAGCGCCAGCGCCGGCCGCGGUUCCUGCUCCGGCUGCACCAGCCACCGAAGAAACCGUAACCACGACUCCAGUGGCUCCUGUGGCCGCAGCACCUCUAACGAAUGGCGUCGCAGCUCAAAAUGGCGACUAUAAAGAACUAAACGGCAAACACGCCGCCGAAGAAGAAGACGAAAACUCUCCUGUACACGAAAGAAAACCAUCCGUCGAUAGUGUUACGGCUAAAAUUGGAUCAUUGAAGUUACAAAUUAAUUCGGAAAGUAGCGAACAACCCGCCCAAAAUGGCGUUUCUGACGAAACGGCGACGCCAGAAUUGAACGGAGUUAAAGAAAACGACGUAUCGUCUACGGAGAAUACGGCGGUUGCGACGGUCGAGAAUUAAUUUUAAGUCAUUUUUAAAAUAGCAGAAUCAUUCAACAUCAUCUUUACGCUGUUCAUUUUUUUAAAAAAAUUUUUAUCAAGGAAAAAAAAUGAAGAUGCUGAUUAUCGCUUUGCUCUGAAUCGCGUGUGUGGUCUCCCAUUCAAUUUUUUUUUAUUUUUUAAGACAUAAAUAAUUUUUUUUUAUGUAUUUAUAUUCGCAUUUUUUUUUUUUUUUUUAAUAUACAUAUUAUACUAUACAGAAUGAAAAAAAGAAGAAGAGUGUUUUUUCGGUGUAAUUAAAAAAAAAAAUAUGUUACGUGUACGAUAUUUUAGAAUAAUAUACCCAUAUUGAACUACAGCUGAUAAUGAACGAUCGCGAACUGUAAGAAAAAGUAUAUAAAGAACGAAAAAAAACGAAAAAAAAAAAAAAAAACAAGGUGUCGAUUUACGAGCUCAACUUUUAUAUUAUUAUAAUAAUGUUUAUGAUCAUUCCAAUUUUUUCUUAUUUAAUUCUCUUAAUAUUCCAUCUUAUUGUGAAAUGCGGACCAAAUUCACACCACCACUUUUUGCUCACGUAUUGUUGUGUUUGUAUUUUUUUGAUCGUCUUUUCUCUCUCUCUGCGUAUACCUCAAUGUGUGUGUCUGUUUUUUUUCUUUUUUUUUAGCAGCAAAUAUGUUUUCAUUUUAUAAAUAACGUGAUUUUUAUACUUUUAUAAUUUUUCUACCCUUCUUCGCGGCGCGUUGUACUGGUUGAGAGAUUGCAUCACAUUUUUGCCAAGCCAGCAUAGAAAAAAAAUACCCUGGAAUGAAUUUUUUUUAAUACCGAAUCGAAGAUUUGCUGUCUGAUCCGUUGUUUUUUUUUGUGUGUGUGUAUUGUUAUAAUUUGUGUCAUAAACGAAAGAAAAUAUCGUGUCUGUCCUUUGCUGUGUGUGUGUAUUUUUUUUGUUCAAUAAGAGGGAAAAACAGUCACCAAUUUACACUUUGAUUUAUAUAUAUCGAUGCUCCAUACGGUGCUUUCUUUUUAAUCGCUUUUUAUAUGUAUUUAGGCCUAUUUAAUUUAUUGGAAACAAAAACAAGGUUUUGCGUAAAAUGGAAUUUUAUUUAUGUUUAGUGAUUUCUUUUUUUUUCUAUUAUUUUUCCUUCCUUGUGUAGAGUUUAAUAAAAAAUUUGUAAUUUUUUAAUAUUUAUUUGGAAUCGAAUAUCUUUCAUGUAAUUUUUAAGCUAUGUUUAUUUAAAGAAAAAAUUGUCUAGUCAGAUGAGAAAAUUUUUACUGGUUACGACGCAUGCGCCGGUUGUUUUUUUUGUAAUAUGGAAACUCGAACUUCACGUUGGUAAAUUUUUCGUCUGAUCAAUUGUUAUAUUAUUGGAUUUUUUUUUCGAAUUCGAAUUUCGCCAUCUUUAUGUAAAGAGAGCCGAUCACAACAAAGAGAAUAAUACACAGGUGUUUAGUAUACGAUUUUUAUCGUUGUUAAUGUUAUUUUAAAAAAUUAUUUUACGCUUGCUGUUACGAUGAUUUUAAUUUAGCAUUUAAUGGUGUUUAUUAUUUAUGUAUGUUUUACCUUAUUUACUUACUUUUUCUAUAGAGUUUAUUUAUUACGAGUUUUUUUUUUCUUAUAUACUUUGGAAACUGUAGACGAUAGUUAGAGAGGUACUACACAAGUUAAAUGGUGACUGUUUUCCAACUACAAUACGAGUAGAUAAAGAUACAAAACAUGAAUCAUGUGGGAAUUUUAUUUUACGGACUACUUAAAAUGAUUGAUUGUUUUUUUUUUUUUUUAAUUCGAACAAAUGAUGAUUUUUUUUGGUAUCGUUUUAGAGUAAUACAAAAAUAUCACUCCAUUUUAUACAUAUUAUAUUGUAAGAGUAAAUGUUUAUAUAUUUUUUUUUCUCUUUUGUACAUUUUUAAUUUUUUUUCUCUCUUUUUUUGUUGCGUAAGAAAAAGCAUGUCCGUUUUGCGCUGGUUGCUUAAUCUGUGUGUAUCGAAUACCUAUUUUUUAAGAUGAUUGAAAACUGCUUACUGGAAAUUAAUGUCAAUUUGUUUAUUUACGUCUUACUACUUACUGUUUAUUCAUUCUUCCAAUUUUUUUUUACAUGCCGUUUUUUUAUUUAUUUUUUUCUAAAAGACACGUGAAUUUUAAUACGAAAAUUAUGAUACAACUAUACUGAAAUUUAUAAAAUUCCAUUUAUAAUUUUUUAUUUUUGAUUUAUUAUUUAAAUGUUCAUAGCGUUAGUAUUUUUAUUUGUAUAUUAGUUUGCAAAUAUAAAUUUAAAAUUUA